AUGACGAAUUUCUAUAUAAUAUUUCUUUUUGUAUUUAUCUUUUUUAUUCAACAAUCAAUAACACAAAAUCCACCCGUUGUACCAUUGACAAAUGCUUUAACAGCAAUUUAUUGUCAUAAUUCUCAUGAAGCCGGUAUACUGACAAUACAUUGUCGACCAAAUGAAAAAAUUCGUAUGUUAGAUGCAUUUGAUGUUGUUGUCAAAAAUAAAUCACGUUUACCAUUACAAUGUUUAAAACAAAAACAUUUUUCAAUGGUUUAUGGCGAUAAUUCUAAUCAUGAUGAUUGCAAAGUUCAUACAAGUUUUACAUCAGCUUGUUCAGGACGUGAAAAUUGUACAUUACAUAUGCAACCUAUACGAUUAAAUAGUGUUAAUAAGAAUUGUCACAACGAACUAGUUGAUUAUACAAUGGCUUUUUUUGAAUGUAUAUCAGAUGCAUUUAUUCAUGAUGUAUGUUCAUCACAAACAAUCACUUCUUCUUGGGGUACAUUGAAAACACCAAAUUUUCCAAAUCCUUAUACACCAAAUGAUGAUUGUUGGUGUAAAUUAUCAACACAAUUACAAUAUCGUCUUUUACUUUCUGUUAUUAUUUUUCAAUUGAUUCCUUAUGAUCAAAAAUGUAUUGGUACUGGACUUUAUUUACAAAGUAGUGAUGAACAACGAAGUACUCAAUGUACUUAUUUACAACAAGGACAUAAUUAUUUAAGUGAUACUAAUUUAUUAUAUCUCAAUUUUUAUAGUCGGACACCAACUGUACGUGGAGGAUUUUGGAUUAUUUAUGAAGCAAGUCAUCCUAAUGCUGAAGUUCAUUUACAUUGUGGACCAAGAGAAAAAAUUGGUGUUCCAUCAGGAACAACAUCAUUAUCAACAUCUAUAAAACCACCACCAAUUUCAUCAUCGCAUGAUUAUGGUUGGAGUCGUUUAGCAUUUAAUAAUCCACCGAAUCCAACAGCAACAGCACCAAUCACUGAUCUCAUAAUGGAUAUGCAUUUAUUAUUUACUACACCUCGUCCACAUCGUAAUACAAAUUUUAAAGUAAAUCCAUCAACAGCGACAGCAGCUAGUGCAUUUACAUACCCAUAUGGUCAUUUAACAACAUUUGAAUUAGCUUAUGGACCACAAGGAUGGUUUCUUAGAUCUCCAUUUAUUUCAUCAAAUAAGUCAGCAACUAAAGUUUUACAUACAACAACAUCUCAAUUACCAAUCGUGAAAUGGAAUUCUACUUGGCGUUAUACUCGAAGACCAUGGACAAGAAUUUCCACAACAGUAACAAGUUCUACUUUUAAAACUACAACGACAACUACAACUACUUCUACUACUACGCCUACAAUACAAACAACAACAACAUUAAAAACGACCACCAGGACGACACGUUUAAGUACUUCUACAAUUAAAACUACUGAACAAAGCACUAUUCCUUUAUCAUCAACAACAAAGUCUAUGUCUACAGCUGCAAGUACUAGUGUUCAACAACGUUUAUUAUUUACUCACAAUCCAUGGAUAUAUUAUAGCCCUAAAACUGCUGCAUCUUCAACAACAACAACAACAGCAAAACCAAAGAUGCCAUCAACAAUGCAAUUACCAGUAUCAUCAUUUAUGUUAAAACCUAAUUUACCUUCACCAACUCCUUGGUAUCCGCCAGCCGGUCCAUUUGAUUGGUGGCAAUGGCAAAGAUAUACAACAAAAUUUAAAACAGUAUCGUUAAGAAUUCUUACUACUACUGAAGAGUCAACAUCUUCUACACGAACUACAACAACAACAACAACAACAACAACAACAACUACAACUACUACUACUACAAUAACAACAACUACAACAACAACAACAACUACUACUACAAUAAUAACAACUACAACAGCAACCACUAUAAAAAGUACGAUUAAUCUGAGUAAUACAACAGGUAGAAAAACUAUCACUCGCAGAAAUGAUGUAACUGCUGAUUGGUUUAAAUGGCCAUAUAUUGAAUCGACUUCCUCAUUGAUACCAAGACGACCUGAUUAUUAUGAAGAAGAAUAUAUGGAAUGGCCUGAUUAUUUUCUUACUAGUAAAAUACAAACUGCAAUAACACCGAACUCUUUCGCAUCUUUUUCACCGAAACAAACACGACAACAAUAUCAACAAAUGACUCCUUUUUCGAUAAAACCAAAUUGGCAAUAUGAUAAUCGUCUUGUGUCAAUUAAUACACCUUCAUCGAAAGACUAUUAUGCACAAAACAAUGCAGGUGGAAUUGAAGAAAGACACACGACAAGAAUUCAACAAAAUGGAGUAACCAAUGCUUAUGCUCAAAACAUCAUUGGACAUCUUAGUGAACAACCAAAUAACAAAAGUUCUGACGAAAAUGAAUGGUUAAAUAAAACAGAUAUAACGAUUGUUGCUAUUUCGAUGUUAUUUGUGAUUUUAUUAUUUAUUAUAAAUACGAUUUUAUAUGCUGUUCGAAGAUAUCGUCACCGACUACAAAAUCGACGUUUACUUAGUGCAUCAACUCCAUCAUUAUUAACUGGUAGUAGAACUGUUCUAAAUGGUAAUUUACAACGUACGCAGUUUGGCGAUUCAACAAGUAGUAUAAUUAAUGCGACUAAUAACAAUAAUAAUGAUAUUUUACCAGCAGUUGGUGAAAUAGUUAUAUGGGACGAAAAAGAUCAAGGUGGUUAUAUGAUUGGUAAUCAUGGUGAAUGGGCAAAAAUUCAAGGACGUCAAUGGUUUCGUAGUGGUUUGUUAAAAAGUUGUAGCAAUUUUCGGUCACGUUUUCAAUUUUCUCGUCAAUCGAAUAAAAAAAUGAAUGAUCAUCAUCAACAAGCACCAAUACCAAAUCCAACACAACAACAACAACAACAACAACAACAACAACAAACAUUCAAAUAUCCUCUUCUUUUAGAUACUGCUACACUUGCACCUGUACCUGAAGUUGAUGAUUAUCAAUCAUCUGCAUUAAGUUCAUCAGAUGUUAUGAUGCGAAGUUCAGAAGCAAUACAUACUAAUUCUAAUAAAAAUUCUCAACAAACAACAAAGACAAUUCAGGCAUUAAUACAUGCAGAACAAGAUCACAGUGAUGAAUAUUAUAAACGAAUUGAAUUUGGUGCAGAUGAAUCAAAUUAUUCAACAAUGAAUGGACAUGUCCAAGGAGAGUAUUCUAUACUUGAUCAACAAAUUGAUCGAAGUUUAGGAAAUGAAACUGAUGCCGGAGGAUCAAUCAUUAUUAGUGUACCCACAAUGUUCAGACGAGACGAAAAUGCUGCUAUAACAACCGACGGUGCUGAUUCUAGUUAUGAUAAAACUUAUUCAAUUCAACCUCAUAUGAAAAAUAUAAAUAUAACUACACGACCAAAUUAUCUUCAACCAAACAAUACAACUCAAAUGACUACUAAACAACCAACUAGAACAUGUAAACCUUCUACAAAUAAUUCAAUAAUUGUUGGCCAUUGUCAAACAGGUUUUCAAGCACUUGAUCCAAAAAUAUUAAUUAAAUCAACAGAUAAAUCAUUAUUAGCUGAACAUCAGCAAUUCUAUAGUUGUUCACAAUCUUUUCAAUUAUCACCAUAUGAUUCAGGAUUUUUCGAUGAUCAAACAAGUGAUAGUUUAACAACGCCAACAACAACAACAUAUAUGAUUACUAAUGAAUUAAAAUAUAAUUUAGGCAAAAGUGAAAAAAAAGAAUGUAAAAAUAUCGAUGAUAUAUUUAUCAAUGUAAGUGAAGAUAAUGAGGAUAGUGUAUUAUCAAUGAAUGAUUUGUCGUCAAAAGAUCUACAAAAAUCAAAUCGACAAAAACAACGACAUAUUAUUAAACAUGUUUCAUUUCAGAGUUAA